GACGUUUGUUGUGAGAUUUGUUUCCUAAUAUUUCGUCUAUCGUCGUGAUAUAUUUCUGUGUAAUGUAAUUAAAUUAGUUAGAUUUUAAAAUCUUUUUUAUUUUACAAUACAUAGAGAUUCUGUUCGAUUUUAGAAUUUAAAUGUAGACAUUUUAGGAUGUAUCUUAAACGUGUAUUGGUGCCUCUAUUCUGCCUUGGAUUAGAAGUUUUGGCGCCGGUGGUCGCUGACCAGGUUGAAAUUCGCGAAGUAGCCGCUGAUAAGGGUACUAACGUAACAAUACCUUGUGGUGAUUUACAAGAAAAUACUUCUAAUGUCCAGUGGGUGCACCGAGGCAACCGUACUCACCACACAGUGCUGAUGGACGGUGGUUUGCUCCUGAGGCAGGUGGGUGUGGAAGACGAAGGUCUAUACGAAUGCGGCGUAGAGAACGAGACGGCGUAUGUCGACAGAGUCAAUCUCACAGUCAGAACGGAACCCCCUCCAUUGGUGAAUGUGACGGUGCACGCGUCCACCAUCCUGGCGCUGAUCUUGUGGAACGUGGCAGGUGAUGGUGGACACCCCAUCAUUGACUUCACGGCGCAGUAUCGCUCAGCCGCGCCUGUAAAUAACACACUCGAGCCUUGGCGACCAAUCAGUCCUAAUCAUAUCAGUCCUAACUCGCGGCAAGUGGAUGUAUAUCACUUGGAGCCUAACGCGUCGUACUGGUUCCGAGUGUGGGCGACUAACGCACUGGGCCCCGGUCCUCCGGUCGAGGUCCUUGCCACCACGCUCUACAGCGACCAGGAAGCGGAGUUAUACAAACACUUCCUAGAGGGCGCUGAGAGUUUUGACACGCGCACGUGGCUGGCGGCCGUGUGCGUGGUUAUGGGCACGCUGGCCGUCCUCGCCGCCGGCACAUGCGCCGUGCUCUGCCGCGAGUGGCGCCGCCCCGAGUACGAGGAAGAACAAGAUAUUAUAGAACUUGUGCCUAAUAUUAUAUUGAAUCCCGGUUUCAUGGAAACCGACCCUGUACGUCCCCGGGAAAGCUACGCGGCCUCCAUCAUCAAGUCCACGGAAUGCCCCGGCCCGGGCAAACCUAGGCGUGUCUGAUUUUCGUCUAUACUUAACCUUAGAAUAUUCUAUCUAUCCGAUCCAGGGUUUUUGUCAUGAUCGUAAAUACACAGAAGGAUGGUGCUGGCUAUCGCAGUUAAGAUAAAAAUAGUUCAAUUAAAAAAAAAUUAACUUGCACAGAUAAAAAAUGUAUUGCUUUCAAGCGCCU